AUGAGAGAUGAGAAUGACAGUGAGAUCCAGACUGAAGAAAAAGACAUGAAGCGGUACCGAUUCAGCAAGGAAUCUGUGAUGAGAUUAAAUCAAAAAAUUGAACCUGCAAUUAGACAUGGCAGUGACCGAAAUGCAGCCAUACCUCCCAUGCUCCAGCUUUUAACAGCCUUGCGCUUUUACGCUACUGGUUGUUUCCAAAUGGUGGAUGGGGACCUUUUUGGAGUACACAAGUCAACAGUGAGCAGAAUUGUUGGAAGAGUAUCACAGGCUAUUGCAGCCUUGAAAAAUCAGUAUAUAAGGUUUGCCCCAACAGGAGAAACAUCUGCUGGAUUUUACAGAAGAGCUGGUUUUCCAGGAGUUAUAGGAGCAAUUGACUGUACUCACAUUCCCAUUCAAAACCCAGGUGGAGAAAAUGGAGAGCUGUUUCGCAACAGGAAGGGCUACUGUUCCAUCAAUGUUCAAGUUGUGUGUGAUGAGAAGGUCCAAAUCAUCAACAUUGUAGCUCGAUGGCCAGGAUCUACACAUGAUAGCAGGAUCUUUGAUAACAGCCACCUCUGCGCUCUGCUUGAAAGCCAUGCAUUUCAGGGCCACCUAGUAGGUGACAAUGGAUACCCCUGUCGCGCCUACCUACUGACACCCAUCCUGAACCCUUCAACGCCAGCUGAGAAACGAUACAACACCUGUCACAUUGCAGCAAGAGGUCUUGUCGAGAGGGUGUUUGGUGUUUGGAAAAAGCGGUUUCCCUGCCUGCAGAAUGGGCUUCGAACAAAGCUUGAUACAACACUGGCAGUCAUUGUUGCUCUGGCAGUGCUGUAUAACUUUGGGAAAAGACUUGGAGAUGAGGUACUACCAGAGUUUGAAGUGGAUUACCGAAUUGAGCACACAGAGGAUGAAGGAGAGGAGCACAAUGCUGCCACUGCAAAUGGCAAUGCUGUCCGGAGGACCUUGAUUGAAAACCAUUUCACUGCAUAA